AUGCAGUAUUUACGAAUAGCAAUUGUUAAUGCAAUGUUGCCGGAACAAGAAUUACGGUUACUAUAUUUAUAUGAUGACGAAAUUAUGAAAAGAAUUGCGCUACAUCAUGUGGAAGCUGUUAAAUUUGCUUUACUUCUUAAACCUAACGAAUAUGAAACUCUUACCGAACAGUAUCAGUUUAACUGGAAUGCAUUCUCAGUAAAACUAUGGGAACGACUAUGGGAAGCACCGACACGUACUCUUCUCUUGGAAACCGUUCUAUCUUUCCUCCUAUCUUGCGACCAGAAGCUUCACAGGCGGUUGUUGCGUAUCAAUUUUAGAAGCAAUUUACUCGACUUAAUCGAAGUUCUAAAAAAUUUCGAUGAAAUUUUUAAAAAUAUGAAGCCUGAUAUUAUGUGCGAAAAGAUUUCCUGCAUAAGCCGGCAUCAUGCUAAUUUAAUGAUGCCGGUGAAAAACAUAAUUGAGCAAAUGGGAGAAGAAUCUGCUAAGAAAUACAUUUUGCGAACGAUGCUUGAUAUGGGUGAGGGAGCAUUCCUGGAUUUACUGAACGCAGUGGCUGCUUGCUCCGAUGUUGCUCAUCAUUUUGUAACGGAAACAUAUCCUGGUUUUGAACGAAAUUAUCGUUUGUUUCUGCAUGAACGCAAGAGAAUGGAAAGAGGGAAACUUUAUUUUUGCGAAUGUGAUUUUCCAAUAGCUGAUGUUAUUAUGAGCUCAAGAUCAAAUGAACUGGACAAGACAUGCAUAGUUGAUUUACGUUAUGAGCAUUUUCCUGUCAAUGCAUCAGAUGCAGCCAAGGAUGAUAUUUAUGAAGGUGAAGUUAUGGUUUUACGAAAAUAUCAGGAAGAAAUAGCUCAACCAGCUUACGAUGGACAAAAUACUUUGAUUUGUGCACCAACAGGAACUGGAAAAACUGUGGUAGCGGCAUCGAUCGCUCGAAAUCAUCUUGUAAUGGGCAGGAAAAAUAAUUUACAUACGAAGAUUUGUUUCUUCGUUACCAAUGUAGUAUUUCUGGAGCAACAGACAAAGUUGUUGAAGAGAUUUGUUGGACAUCGCUGGAAAGUUGUCUUUUUAUGCGGUGUAGCGGCGAAUACACCUGUUGCGGAGACAAUUGCAACUCAUGAUGUUAUUGUUAUCACACCCCAGCUUAUUGUGAAUCUCAUGAAUGAUUCUAAUGAAAAAAACAGUGUGCUUUUUUCGUUAUCGUCAUUUUCGCUAAUGUUUUUUGAUGAAGCUCAUCAUGCAGAUGGAAAUCAUCCCUAUAAUGUAAUAAUGAAUAACUAUCAUGACAUGAAACACACCGGCAAGAUUCUGGAUGGAAAACGUUUACCUCAGAUUGUUGGUUUGACAGCUUCGCUGGGUAUUGGUAGUGCUCAAAAUGCUUCGGAAGCAGUAGAACAUUUUAUUAAAAUAUGUGCGAACUUGGAUAUCACUGUUCUAAGUUACGUACGUGAAAACAUCGAUGAACUCCGUGCGUUUUCUUCUAUUGCUGCUGACGAGACGAAACUGGUUCCGUUCAAUAUAAAAACUGAUUCAAUAGUCAUUGGUAUCUUGAAUCUCUUCAAGCGAUUUGAAAUUUUUUUGAGCAAGAUUGUAAGAUCAGCUUCCAUGUCCGAUAAAAUACAUGAUAAUUCAAACCAAGAUUUACUCCAUAAAUUGCUAAAUCCACCACAUGAUAAAUGCUCCAAAGUGUAUGAAACGUGGUUUUCUCAGCUGUUGGUCGGGUUUGUACCGUUAGCAAAGCUUGACAGGGUGAUUCGUUUUCAUCUAAUGACGUGUUUGCAAUUAAUUGGGAUCUUGUUUCGUUCCUUAGACUAUUACAUUCAUUUCCCUUCAUGCGUUGCCAAAAAGUAUUUCGAAAAUGAAUUUAGCUUUAUUCGGCAUACUGCAGAUCAGGAACUCGUGGAUAUCAUGGAAACAUGCCCUUUAAAAACUGUUACUGGGGAUAAUGCAGAUAAUGAACUAUACAAUGAACUUUUGCGUGAAUUACGCGAUCAGUUUGCUAGACUAGGAGAUGGACGCGCUAUUGUUUUCGUAUCGACGCGAUAUUUUGCAGGAAAAUUAGCAGAAGAACUGAAUAAAGAUGAAAGUUUACAUAUGUUGAAUGCUAAAUCGGAUUUCAUUACGGGUAUCAAUGCAUCAGGUGAGUUUGGUGGUCAAUCUGCCAAUCAGCAACGUAAUGCACUGGUACGAUUUACGUCAGGACGUGGUCGAGCUGCAAAUUCACGUUGUGUUUUGAUAACAAAUGAUGCAAAAUUACAAGCUCGUGAGGAGAAAAAUAUCAACCGAGAGCAAAUUAUGCGAAAUGCUUUGAAAUUGAUCAAUCAGAAACCGCCGGAUUGGUUUCAGGACGAAGUAGCAGAACGUGUAAAACAGAACAUUAUGGAGCGAACCCGAAAAAAACUGCUAUUGGAUGAGAAAAAGAUUGUACUGACUUCUAACCGGUACACAUUAUUAUGCAAAAAAUGUGAUGCAGUUAUUUGCAAUAGUAAUGAAAUUGUCGUAACACCCACUUAUUCGCAGUAUAUUUGCGUUUGCAAAGAAAUUUGGAAUCGUUCAAUUCAGCGUGCAUUUUCGAAAGCUACGAUAGAACGAGAAGCUGAUUUUCUGUUUAAAGGCAUUGGAGCGAUGAAUUGUGUGAAAUGCUGGCAUCAUUGGGGUCGUAUUGUUCAUUAUAAUAAUUUUACAUUACCGAUUAUCGCUGCCACUGCAUUCGUUCUGGUCGCUGAAAAUGGAGAAAGAUUCCAAAGAAAGCGAUGGAAGCAGAUAGUUGAAAGCCUGUUCAGGCCUCGAAAUAUCGAAAUAUACGACUAUGCAAAUAUGAAGACUGCAAUGCCAGACUUAUCCGAUUUAAUUAUUGAUGAUUCCUGCAUUUAA